AUGAACUGGCUUAAGUCGACCCUCUCUGCGGCCGUAGGCACGCAAGAGCCUAUCUAUGGCCCGGACGCCAUCCAGUCUGUCGCCCAGCAGGCCGACGAGACCCCCUAUACGGUCAUGACCAAGGAAAAUCUGCGCUGGAAGGCGUACCAGUACACCAAUGUCGAGACCAAGACCUUCUACCUCAUGGCCGACGACGGAAAUUUGGUCAUGGUUCAGGUCAUCUACAGCAAUAUUGCGGGCAUCCACACCACCGCCCACUUCAAUACCAAGAUCUUCAACCUGAAGGGUGACAGCCCGCACAUCUGGCACACGGAUGCGCUCUCCAAUUUCAUGUUCGAUGAGCAGAUGCUCUCUUUUGGCGCCGAUAACUUGACCAUCACCCUGAACGAGGAGGGUGACGCCUACCACAUCAAGUCCACCGUCAACCCGGACAUCAUCGUCGACCUGAAGAUCACCCGCAAGGCGCCGGGCUUCGUUGCCGGCAAGGAUGGCACCUCGUACUUCGGAACCGACCCCAAGAACCCCUGGGGCUCCAUGUACCACGGCUUCUGGCCCCGUUGCGCCGUCGAGGGCAGCAUCACCACCAAGGAGAAGACUUACGAUCUGACUGGUCGCGGAGUCUUCAUCCCGGCUCUGCAGGGCAUGAAGCCGCACCACGCUGCCGCCCGCUGGAACUUCCUCAACUUCCAGACCCCAACCUUCUCCGCCGUCAUGAUGGAGUACACCACUCCCCCGUCCUACGGCUCGACCAAGGUCAACGUCGGUGGUAUCUUGAAAGACGGCGAAAUCGUCUAUGCUGGCCCCAACAACACCGUUACUCACACCGAUUUUAAGCAAGAUCCCGAGAGCGACUGGCCCGAACCCACCUCCAUCAAGUGGGAGUGGACUGGCAAGACUGCCGACGGCCAGGACUUCUCAGCCGUGGUGGACGGCCCGCUCGGCAAGCGACAAGAUCGCGUCGACGUGAUGGGCGAGGUCCCCGGCUUCAUAAAGACCAUUGCCGGCAGCGUGGCUGGUACCCGACCAUACAUCUUCCAGUUCUCACCCCAGGAGAAGCUGAAGUUGAAGGUCAAGGUUGGGGACACUGAGACUGAGGAGGAAGGAUAUAUGUUCUCAGAGUCAACCUUCAUCUCCUAA